CCUCCCCUCGACUACCCCGCAUCCGUCAUCGACAUUAAACUUCCAGCUCAGGGCAACUUCAUCUUUCUAUACCGUUAACAAUACAGCAUUCAUGUCCCAACCAUGACUUCGAAACAAGAACCAGCGCCGGCAACGGAAACGGCUGAUACCCAACCACCACCACAAGCCGCCCUGACCGUCCCAGCCGUCGGCUCAAAAGCCCCUUCCUCAGCACAACUCCCUAUUCCAAACCCAAACGCCAGACCUACUAUCGUAACCUUCCUACGCCACUGCGGCUGUCCCUUCGCCGAGAAAUCCUUCCGCCACUUCCGCUACCUUGCCAACCGCCACCCAGAAGCGAACUUCGUCGCCGUAUCCCACUGUACCCAGGAGGCGACAGACGAGUGGGUUGUUCACGUCGGCGGUGCCUGGGACGUGCAGGUCAUUGUCGACACAGAGCGUGAGCUAUACGCGCUAUGGGGCGUAGGCAGGUCUAGUACCUGGCACUUGCUGAAUCCGUGGACUGUGUAUAAGGGGGUGUGGAUGGUGGCACAGGAGGGGCAACUGGUGGGGGGUAGCAGUGGUGAUAGGUGGCAGAUGGCAGGGAGUUUUGCGGUGGAUGGGGAGGGGAUGGUGACGUGGGUUAGGUUGGCGAAGACGGCGGAUGAUUUGCCGGAGUUUAAGGAGGGGUUGGUGGCUGUGAAUGUGAAGGUUAAGAAGAGCGAGGCGCAUGAUUGAAUGGAGGGGGAGGUGCGGAUUCAUUGUAAAACAUGUCGGUAUUUCAAGUGUGCACAUAUGAUAGUAAUCACUCACUUCACCAGUUA